UGUUUUUAUUUUUAUUUUUAUUUUAACUUUUAUUCCAACUAAACUAAACUCUUUUAACUUUUCUGUUCACCGGCAUUCGGGCCCGUAUUUUUAGACCGGUAAUAUACAUAGCGCCAAAGUUAAACCAAUUGGUGUAACAUUACUCGAUAAUACUUAAUACUUAUACAAUUAUAUUAAUACAAGUGUUGACGAGACUUGGGCCUCAAUUAUUCUGAAGAAAGUAAUAAACUGACAACGGAAACGAAGCUAAUAUUUAUACGGGAAAAUUGUCAAGGACGAUCACUUUCGAGUCCCCAAGUUCCUCCGGUUAUUUUUGAGAGGGUUUUAAGUCGCAAAAAAUGGGAGGCGGCCAGCUGGGCCUCCUCCUCUGGAAAAAUUACGUCGUCCGCAAACGGAGACCAGGUAUUCUGAGCCUGGUAUUUCUAUGGCCCGUUGUUGUGUUUAUGAUUCUUUACACCGUUCGUGACAACGUUGAUCCCGAGUACAAUCCAACAUGUCAAUUCCCAGCUCGUCGGAUGCCACGCGAUGGGCUUUUGCCAUUUGUUCAAAGUUAUAUCUGCAGUAUUGGCAAUCCUUGCGAUUCUCUGGAUGACUAUGAAGAAGUUCCAUCCUACAAAAAAGCCACAUUGGGCCCGCUAAUGAUGGAACUGCAGCCGGUAUUGCGAAACAAAACAAUUUUGCAAGCCGUGGAAACUCUACCGCAGAGCGUUAAGUUUGUAAAAUCAAUGGCGGAAAUUUUAACGAGGCCAGAAAUAAAAAAGCUGUUUGAUCGAGGCAUAAAGCUCGGUGACUUAUUCAAUAAUCACGAUGCAGUUAAACAAGCGCUUUUAGCCCAAAUGCCGGGAGCCAGAGAGGACCUGGUUGACGAUCUCUUUGAGGCUUCCAUAAAGCUUUACUAUCUCAUAGAGUCCUUCGGCUCAUCAAACAUCGACGGGAUCAUUUGUUCUCCGGAAAGCCUGAAGCAGUUCAUUGUUCCACCAAAGGAAAAGGACCUGGUUGCUAUCUCACAGGUUUUGUGCAAUCUAGAUCCCAACAAGGUGCCUCUAAUUCUUGAAAGGCUGGCUCAACAUUUAGAUUUUCAAGGGCUCUUGGAGGUAGUCUCUCGAGUUAUGGCUAAGUUUCGCGACUAUGACUUCAUCAGCGAUAUUAAAAGAGCUAUUAUUGCCGUCUUUGAGUUGGAUACAUUCAAGAAGUACGUACCUAGUUAUUUGAAGUUACGUGAAUGGGUGCCCGAGGUUCUUGAGCUGUUCAGAGACGUUAACUUCAAGGCCAUCGAUGUUUCUUUCAUAAACAAGUCAAUCGAUAAAAUGAAUCCAAUCUUCUUCGGCGACCGAGAUUGGGCCACAGCUCGUCACGGGCUCUAUAAAUUAAAUUCAAUAUUAGUAAUAAUAAAAGACAUGACCCAAAAAAAUACCACCCAAGAAGACAAGAAUAUUUUCGAACUGUCUCACGACGUCAGCAGAAGCAUGCUAAAAUUUACGGAGUUUUCCAUGUACACCGAAGACAUCACCAAGAUCCUCGACGAGGCCUUCACGAUGGUCCAAGACGGCGCCAAGCUAACGAACAAGCUUCUAGACCGGCAUCAAGACGAGAUUGAGUUAGCCACCGAAAUUUUGGACAAUUUGCGGGAUAUUUUUCCCAACAAAGUCAUGACAACUCUCACUUAUUUAGUGUCAAUAACCGAGAGCAUUGUUCGUAUGGUCCAUCACGUUGCGAUAAUACACGAAGAGCUCGAUGAGAGAAUUUACAACGUGUCAAAACAGCAUGAGAACACAGUGAAGGAAAUGUUUAGCGAAAUCGAGCCAGAUAUUUUGCGCACGAUCGUCAAGUCGUUCUCACACCUGGAUCUUGCUGAGACAAUAGUUGAAAUGCUGAAGAACAAGCCUAUAGAAGAGAUUAUUUGCGAUGAAGAAAUAUUCAAGAAGAUUUUUGGUGUUCAUGAAUCGAGUAAUUAUAAUUAUAAUUAUUCUGGAAAAUCGGUGACACUUAAUGAAUUUGUUUGCCGUAACGAGACAAAAUUAUUGAUAAAGGACAUUUACGAAAUCUUUGAGUUCGACAAUUUCCGGUCAGUCAUUGACAACACCCUGUCAACAUUCAUUAGCAUGGCGCUAACACGUCCGGUGGCUAUUGAGAAAUCGAAUUUAACUUCAACAGUACGUAGUAUUCGUAAUUUAAUUUACUACUUUGAGCAUUUACCAUUGAAGAAGUUAGACUGGAGUGAGUUUCAAGUUCCGGAUAAGUGGGAGCAGGUGUUCAAUGACACUAAAGCGCAAGGCCGUGUUGAUAUAUUGGGUUAUCAUUUGAGUAUUGCUAAAAAUACCGGCUCUAAAAGCUUCACCUACAUGACAAUAAAGCCCGACUUGGAGAACAUGGAUAUCGUUGCGGACUUGAUUCUAAAGGACUUGAGGGAAAACCCGACCGAGUGGAUCAAUCAAGUCCGGGAACAUGAAGCUGAGCUCCUAGAAGCCUUUUACUUGACUGUAAGCGAUCGGAAUAAAACGCUAAAAAUUUUAGAGUACGAGAAUUUUACUCGCUCGUACUGCCUUGAAAGGAAUAAUGAUUUGGUGACCUACCCGGCGGGCUCCAACGUUACUUUGCUGAAGGGGCUGGUCUGCAGACUCGCACGCGCGGUUCAAACCGAGCUUGAGAUUAAUUUGACCUUGUCAGAGCUCCAGGAGAUGACUUUCAAGGACCGGACUCCCUUCAAUUGGACGUCGUUCAAUGAAAAAUUACUUGAGAUUUACACUUAUGUAGACACUCUAGUGCAGUUUGAUGGGGAUAGUUAUUUACUGAAGCGCUUUGAUGAACUCAAAAGGAAUUUUGAACGGACUUGGACGACCGAUUUAACGGCAGAACACGCUUGGGAAAUCAGCGUAGGUUUGCUGUGUAGAUUUUUUCUCGUGGCGGAGAGCCCGCUUUUCAACGCCCAAUCAAAGCCCAGCUGGCGGCAGCUUUACGCCGUAGCCUGGUCAGCUGCUACAGUAUCCACCAGCAUUGAGCACACCAUCGACAAUGUUCUGGACAACAACAACAACAACAACAGCUCUUUGAGAUUAUCAACAGUGAUGAAAGAUAUGCCUCAAACUGAAAUUCUUCUUGACACCGCUUUGCGCAAUCUCCCCGCGAUAAUUCGUGAUAUUAUUGACAUUCUCAUCCAGCGAAAUCCGAUUCAGCUGGUCACCGCCAUCAAUAACCACCAAAAAGUUGAGCAAAACUGGCCGUGCAUUUUUAACAAAAGUAUAGGAGACGUUUUGGAAUUACGACCGGGCACCAAAGAGUUGAUUCACGAAAUUGAGAAAAUUUCCUGCAACCCUGGUCUGUUUAUAAAAGAGUGGGAAGAGCAUGCUGCAUUCAAGAGGGUAUACGAAAUAAUAAAAAAUCACAACGAGACGAUAUCAGUUCCAUCUUUUAAUUGGACUUCUGGGUACACGUCGUUCCGUCGAUUGAUUGCUAAAUUUGUCAUUUUAAUAAACUCCCCUCUAGACCUUGCACUGAGUAACAAUGCCUCAAAAACGGAAUAUUUUUAUAGUGGUAAAAUAUUGCCAGAGGUGAAGAAAAUAAUAGACCAGUCGAUGCCUAAAAUAGCUGAGCAAUCGAAAAGUAUAUUGGAGUACGUGGACAUGGAAAUAGAUAAAAAUAUACCUGUAUAUAAAAGUAAUAUAACCGCUCGAGAAGCUUGGAUGGAUUUAACACCACGAACUCUCGAUGAAAUCCUUGUGAUCGUCAAGUUUGGAUCUCGUGUAAUUCACGAUGUUGUGGACGUGAUUCUACGGCUACUUGGAGGUGAUCCAAAAAACAUAAAUCUACUGAACGUGUUGGGAUUUACAAGCAAGAGCCCGGUGUCUAUUGUUAGGGAUAGAUUUCCAUAUAUCCUUGCUACCCUAAUUUACGGAGUCACCGAUAUGGAUUUAGAUAACCGUAUUUAUAUUGCUAUUAAUAAUAACAACAAUAAUAAAAGUAUCAGUAUAACUUGUGGUGAGAUUUUUACGUGGUUCGAAGAUUACAAAAUAGGUAUUACAGAAAAAGAGUACCGUAUUCUCAAGAAUUUUACUUGCGACGCCGACCCAGAGAAUUUCAACGCUUUUAUCGAUCUCUACUUGAAAGAAACAACUAUUUGGCGCACUCCUGUUUCAAAUUACGAGCUUCAUUUUCUCUCGCUCGGUGAACAGCUUUAUAAACUCGCAGAGUUAAUAAAAACUUUUAAAGAAGAUCUGCAAAUAAAUCCACCAAUUAAUGAAAAGUAUUUACAAGACGCUGUUAUUACGCUCAAGAAUAUACUGGAAGUGCCGAAAAAAAUUUCUUCUACACUUAAAAAUAAUUAUGAAUUGUCGACUUACCGUCUUGUCAUUCAGGGAUUGUCGGAAGUUCUUGACAAUGCGGCUUUUGCGUUGAAAGACGCGGUCAAAUCUGAAGACAAUGCUCUGCAGUUGUGGGACUUUGUAAAAGCGGGCGAUGUACAUCAGUUGAUCAAAUAUUUAGAAAGUUAUCCCGUUGAAACAAUAUCAUUUGUAGCGACUCUCAGUACAUACAAUACUACCUCGUUGAUUCCUUUCAAAGACGUCAGACACAUGAUGUGUAAUUUGCACUUCAAUAGUAGCUAUUGGAGCCAGCCGAAGGGGAAGCAUUUUUUGAGCCGGCUCUGCACUUGGGAUCAGUCUGAACUACUGAAACAAGCCACCAGUGAAGACUAUGUUGAUUUAAUUAAUGGGAAAAAUGCGUCUUUAAUAAAAAUGAAGCCUCUGGUGAAGUCUGUCACUAGAUUUUUGGACGCCUGGGUGAAAUUGGAAGAGAAGAAUAAAUAUAAAAAAAUUAAUUUUGUGUCUAAUAUUUUUAAUGCUACCACGUGGAAAGAGCUUCCUAACGACACUCAUGCGUUGAUUCACGAGGCAGAAAAAUCAUGGAUUCACAAAGCCGUCGCUGAGUUGGAACCGCUGGAAUAUGAGAGCCAUCCAAUGCAUACUGCAAUCCAAGUGAUGCAAGUUUCUGAAGUGUGGUUGGACGUUAUCAACGGUGGAGAUAUUUGGCAGAAAUUACGAACUACUUUUGAGCACUCGCGUGUUAAAUUCAUACUGAAUUUAAUGGAGGACACGCCAAAUUUGAUGAUUACUAUUAUAGACACGUUUUUAAACUCCGAAAGGCUCAACGAUUUUAUGGACAAGUUCUUGAAUGGCACGAUAAAUGCCUGUGAUAUUGACAAGUACUUAAUCCCCUCGGGGUAUAUAAGGAAGAAGGGGAUUAUUUCAAGCAUCACUAAUUUCUGCAGUAAAAUAAUAAACAGCAAUGACAGUUUAAAUGUAAAGGAUUUCAAGCCACUUAGAGUUGCAUUAAAUGUUAUUUCAAAUUCUGAAUUUAGUAUUUUCUAUUACUCGGACAAAUUCGUUGAAGACAAUAAAAUGACUGUUAAGGCGAAGUUAAAUGAAAGUUACUUUGUAGAGCAGUUGGAAAUAUUUCAACAGAUAUUAAUUCACGCGGUAAGUGAGGGUUAUAAAUCCCCGCGAACGCCGUCUUGGAUAACUUCUUUUCAAGAAGCUACUUUAAAUGACUUCAAGAAGCAAUUUUACACUCCUACUGCGGGUUCAAAAGACUUGAGAUCGCUGGCGCACUCGGUUGUUAUUAAGUCGACCAAAGUACUCAAGAAUAUAUUUAUUUCGACACCCGAGAUUAAAAAUAAUUGUUCGUGGUGCAAUACACGGGUCAUUGAGAUUAUUAACUCCCAAUUGGCGCAUCAUGAAGUGUACUCGGAAAUACUUUGUAAAUUUAAUCUGAUGAAUGUGUCACAGAUACAAGAAAUCAUAGAAAAUCGUCUGUACUGGAAGAAAACUAUCGGUAUGAUUAAAAAUUUUGAGUUUCUGAGUGUUAAAAAAGACGUUGAUAGUUUUAUUACCGCUCUUGAAAGUGCGCUGCAUUAUAUUACCGACAUUGUAAUGGAUUACAAAGACCCCGAAGGGAAGAAAAAUUUAAACGAGUGCCUCACAAAAGCCGUUAACGGCGUGAAAAAUUUUUCUCCGGGAAUUUACGUUAAAAUAAUUGUCGGAAUUAUUGACGCGUUGGAGAAGAACAUAAAAGUUCUGGAGCUUCCGAGUAACAGGGAGGAUUUGAAUAAUCGCACAAGAUUAUCCGAGAAGUUUAUUCCCAUUUGGAAGCCUUUGAGGAGCGUUGUAAAGCAAGUAUACAUUGGAGAUGUGGAUAAAUUACUUCCGAAUGCGAGCAUAAAUGUUAAUUUAUUAGUGAGCGAUAGUAAGAGCUCUGUGUGCUCAAACGCUUCUUGCAGAAAUGCUUCAACGCUGAAUAAUAUCUUGAGUUCAAAGAAGGUACACAAGUUACUGAGGUACGAUCCAAGAUUAUCAAACUAUCCGUUGACUUCAGACAUCUCGAAGUUACUCGCAGAUAGUUUGGAUUUUUACUUGAUAAACCGCGAGAUUGUAUCGUGGCGUACUGAUGAUUCAUUUAAUUUAACUUGGCUACGCGAAAUCCUCCAGCAUUUAUCAGUGGUUCUGGAGGAAGGGGGUAGUUUGUUGGAUGUGGCAAGUAAGAUAGAUUUCGAAGACGUGUCCAAUGUCCUCGGAGUCCCGGAUCUCGCUGAUGGAGUGGUUAAUUUAUUGAGAGACAAGACUGUAGACAAACUUUUCGGAGGGCUGAAGGAAAUUCUCGACGAUGUGGAGCCUUUCUUGGACAGCGAUUCGGUAAAGCAUGACCUUUAUCUGAUUGUCGAUGCGUUUGAGUCCAUGGAAAUUUUCAAGAAUUUGGGUCUACUUGAUAUGAAAUACCUCGUGGCGGAAAUGUUCGUAGAUUGGGGCGUGCUGAGGAGGUUUCUGUUGCAGGAUAUGCAAAUUUCAAAGGAAUUCGUCGAGGUAAUAAGCCAAAGCAAAAUAGAUAUGCUGUCGAUAUUUAUGAAGGAGCGCUCAGCUAUUAGUUUGAAGGACACUCUUUGCUCUGAGGACAAUCUGAAGAACAUGCUCAGUUUCGAGGGCUCGAAAACUAAUGCCGAAGAAAUUAGUUCUGUUUUAUGCACUCUCAGUUCUGCAGCGACCCAAAAUAUGACGAUUACUUUGAUCCAAAAUGUUAAUUUUGAUUAUGUUUUUAGGACUUUGAUGAGCGCUAAUGUGAAGAAUAUUCUCAAAAAUGCCAAUCUCAGCGAAUCUCAAGGGAAGAUUAUCUUUGAUAACAUUGGCGUGGUUGCGGAAUUGGUGCCUUUCUUCAAAGACAACCUUGCGUCAGGAGUGAGUUUCAAUGAUCAAGGAGAUAAUCCCGAGAGCUCAGAGGUAUCUAGUGGGAAAUUCCUGCAAGAUGCUAGCAAAAUGCUGUGUGGUAAGCAACUUAUUCAAGACAGUGGACAGUUUUAUCGUAUUAUCAGCAGCAUUGAGGACAAAGAAAAGACCUACGAUCAAGCGGAAUUGAAUUCGCUGCCCACGGAAUUUUGUAGAGAUACUUAUAAAAACGUUUUGGCCAUGAGUGGUGGGAAGAUUGUUUGGUCAUAUGUAAAACCACUGUUAAGAGGAAAAAUUUUGUACUCACCAAAUUCGAGUACAAUAAGAAGAGUGAUGGGUUUGGCGAAUCAGACUUUCAGCGAAAUAGAUAUAUUUGGAAAUUUGAUGACGAAUAUUGAGAAGACUUUGGUCGCUUUGGCGAAUUUGUCAGACAUGGGAGAGAGUCUCAAUGAUUUGAAGGAGAUAAUGGCCUCGAAGGUGAUGAAAAUAGCGAUUAAGUCUAUGAGUGGUGGUAAAAUGCAAGGUGAUUUGUCGAACUUUGAUUUAGGGGAAAUUGCGUGGAAACUGAAGAAAUCCGGCAGAUUAACCCAAAUGAUAGGAAUGCUGAAUGACUUUAUUGAGUGUGUACUCGUGGAUCGCAUGAUUGGAUUUGACACUGAAGAAAAACUCGAAGUAGAGGCAAGAAAACUCACUGAUACAAAUGAAUUUUUGGCCGGAGUUGUCUUCAUGGAUACAGCUAAGUACUCAAAACGUUCUUUGGACGAAGGCCUGCCUGACGAUGUGGCCUAUAAGAUUCGCAUGGACGUGGACUAUGUGCCAUCGACAAAAAGAUUGAAGAACCAAUUUUGGAUUCCUGGGCCUGAGGGAUCUUUCAUUGAAGAUCUGCGGUAUCUUCGCGGGUUCAUCCAGCUUCAGGACUCUAUUGAUCGAGCGAUCAUAGAGGUAAAGUCGGGGAAAGAACAGAAUUGGAAAACUCUAAGCCAGCAGAUGCCGUAUCCCUGUUGGAAGUAUGCGCCUUUCCAGUCAACUCUCUAUGAAUCUCAAGGGCUGAUAAUUUGUUUCUACUUUGCCCUGAUGAUGUGUGUGGGUUCAGCGGUCCGGUACAUCGUAUGGGAUAGGGAGUCCCAGAAUGCGAUGGUGAUGAGUGUUAUGGGUCUCAAGCCUUGGAGAAAUACUUGUGCUUGGUUCAUCACCACGGGAGUGGAAUUGACUAUUGUGAUGGCGUCUAUCUGCAUAAUUUUGACUGCCGGAAAAAUUCUUCCUAAUUCAGAUCCUUUGUUGGUCAUGUUUUUCUUCAUGGUCUAUGUCUUCUCAAUUGUGACUUUCUGUUACAUGAUCUCUACGAUGUUCAGCUCUGCUAGCUUGGCGGCUGUCACCACAGUCGUUAUGUUUCUGCUUACUUACAUGCCCUAUGUCAUCGUUAUUGCUAUGGAAGCGACUUUAGGACUUGCUUACAAUAUUUUGCUGUGUCUGAGUAUGUCAACGAGUUUUUGUUACGGCUGUUUAUACGCAACUCGUCGCGAAGUCCAAGGAAUUGGUCUCACUUGGGAUCGCCUUUGGGAAGAAUCUAGCCCUGGAGAUCCAAUGUCUCUAGGUCUUAUUCUAGUCAUGAUGGCAAUUGACGGAGUGCUUUAUGCAUUAAUAGGAUACGUUGUUACCAGAUACACCAAUUCAGAUGAGGAUAGUGACAUCAGCAGUAUGACAGUAAACGAAAAACAAAUAGGUGUGAGAUUUGAAACAGUGAGAAAAGUUUUUCAAACAGAACGAGGAGAAGUUGUUGCAGUGGAUGACUUUAGUUUAAAACUUUGUGAAGGAGAAGUCACCAGUCUCUUAGGUAGAAAUGGUGCCGGUAAAACAACAAUCAUAAAAAUGUUAACCGGAAUGCUCGCACCAACUUGCGGAGAGAUUUAUCUAAAUGGAGAUGAAGGAACCAAACCAGACAUCGGAGUAUGUCCUCAAGAGAACGUCUUGAUCGACACGCUGACACCUCGAGAGCACAUGACAUUCUACGCUAAAUUGAAAGGUUCAAUGAACAACGAGGAGCUGUACAAGAAUGUGAAUGGGAUGUUAGCGUCUUUGGAGCUGGGUAGACAAGAGCACGAACCGGUGUCAAGACUAUCCGGUGGCACUAAACGACGUCUGUGUGUGGCUUUAGCGUUUUUGGGCUCGCCGAAGCUCGUUAUUCUGGACGAGCCCGGAGCGGGUGUUGAUCCAGCAGCACGUCGUCGAAUCUGGCGUCUUAUAGACCAACACCGCGUUAAUAGAACGGUUCUAUUGUCGACUCAUCAUCUCGACGAAGCCGAUAUGCUGAGUGACACUGUGGUGGUGAUGCACCGUGGUAAAAUUCUCUGCACGGGAUCACCCCUCACACUAAAAACCACUUACGGGCAGGGCUACUGGAUAAACGUCGCUUAUCCGCCAGCAGAGAUAAUCAGGGAGAUUGACAAUAAGGCCGUCGAAAGUUUACGGUCUCUAGUGCUCGAUGUGGUGCACAAUGCAACGGUCACGGCUAAUGACAUCGCCAGGGUAAUUAAAAGUCUCGAGGACAAUCAAAAGAGCUUAGGCUUCUCACGUAUCACCCUGGAGUGCGAUACUCUGGAAAAAGUAUUUUUAGAUUUGUGUUUUCGUGGGAAUAUUGGAGGUUCUGCUGUACGUGGUAGCAGCACCAGUGUCGCGAGCAUUAGCAGUGUCGAGCUGAACAUGAUUGACGACACGGAAUCUAUUUUAACGAGAUACCCGACUAACCCAUCAGCUCUUCGUCAAAUGAAAGCUCUGCUGAAAAAAAAACUGUGGCAUUUUAUACGUGACUGGCGAGCACCCCUGGCAACUUUAAUUCUCCCCACGAUUUUCGUCGCCGUCGCGAUGGGAUUUUCAUUGAUUCGACCGCCUUCUACUGACGAACCUUCAUUGGAUCUCAAUCCACAUCUUUAUGACACUCAUCCCACUUACUUCUACAGCAUUGACAAUGGCAGUGAUCCGUUCCUUCAACGACUGUCUUUUCAACUUCACGAUCGGUUCGGUGAUGAUUACGCUGGCGCUUGGCAGGCUCAUCCUAAUGACACGGGUACUUGUGAGUGCUCUCCAGAAGGUCAACAAAUUUGUCAUGGAGUUUCUAAAGCUGUUGAAGGUCUCUUUCAGACGCUGCCAGGUCGUCCAACACUUGACUGGAUAAUUUCCACGUUCCGCGAGUACAUUGAGAAGAGAUAUGGAGGAUGGUCGUUAUCUCAUUUGAAAGAGGAUCCUCUGUUCGUGGUCUGGUACAACAAUAAAGGGCACCACUCUCUUCCAGCCUACCUAAAUGCUCUCAAUGAAGCGAUUCUUCGAGCUUCUGGCGUAUCCGGACACUUGAAAACCUUCAACCACCCUCUAAAAUUGUCAAGCGACCAAUUGAACCGGACAACUUUACUGCAGCAUGUGGCAGACGUAGGGGUGGCUCUUGUUCUACUCAUCGCAUUCAACUUGGUAGCAGCACAAGGCGCGCGAGAGCUUGUCCGUGAGAGAUUGUCUGAGGAGAAGCGUAUUUUGUAUUUAGCCGGCGUGCAUCCUGUAACUUAUUGGACUACUGCCUUGAUCUGGGAUUUCUUGAUAUUCCUGGUAUCUAUUGGACUUGCCGUAGGAGUUUUCGAAAUAUUUGGACUGCCUGCAUACGUUGCUCGUGAUAAUCUUCCUGGUGUUUGUUUACUUCUUGUUCUUUUUGCGUGGGCAUCAAUUCCCUUUACUCAUUUAAUUGAAAAGACGUUCGACGACUCAAGUCUUUCAAACAUGGUUCUUUUCUGUCUGAAUACAUUCAUCGGUGUGAUCUGUCUUGCAACGAUACUUGUAAUCGACAUCCUGGGAAAGAGCCAAGCUGCUAAAGACACGAGACAAAUGUUGCAUAAUAUAAUGCUUCUCUUUCCACAAUACGCACUGGGAGACGCAUUAGUUCAAAUGUCAACCAAUGACAUUACUGCUGAGCUAUUGGAAAGAUUUAAUAUGGAUACUUACAAGUCACCAUUGGGAUGGGAUCUCAUUGGUCCUCAUUAUGUAUUUUUAUUUUUAGUUGGUGUUUUUCUUUACAUAGCUAAUUUAGCCAUUGAGUGCAGGAUAUUUCCUAGUUGGGAAAGAAAGAGAGAAUCUUACAAAGACGCUGGUGAAGAUGAAGACGUAGUAAAAGAGCGAGUAAGGGUUGAAAACGGAGCGAGCACAGACGUACUAAAGACUAUUAAGUUACGUAAAGAAUACAGAAGUGUUUACGGGACCAAUGUUGCUGUACAGAAUUUAAGUAUUGGAAUCCAAACGGGUACUUGUUUUGGUCUGUUGGGUGUUAAUGGAGCGGGAAAAAGUACGACGUUUAAGAUGCUUACCACUGAAUUGCUUCCGACAGCUGGAGAAAUAGUAUUAAAAAAUAAUAAACUAGAUAGACGGCCUCUUUGUAACGGAGAAAUCGGGUACUGCCCUCAAACAGAUUCGCUUGACGGAUUCUUAAGCCCCUAUCAGUGUUUAACUAUUCACGGGGAAGUUUGUGGACUAAGUAAUGUACCAAAAGCCGUUGAGUCGAUGCUAAACAGAUUUGACCUGCUGAAGUAUGCACAUCAGAGGGUUUCUAGCCUCAGCGGCGGAAACAAGAGGAAGCUAUGCGCAGCAAUCAGUGUAAUGGCCCCGGUUUCUGUAGUGCUGAUGGACGAGCCCACCAGUGGUAUGGAUCCCGCCACCAAGGAGCUUGUGGCGAGAAUUAUUCGCCAGAUCACAAGAGCUCAAGGCGCUGUUGUUAUGACAUCACACAGUGUUGCUGAAUGUGAAAAACUUUGUAAUCGAGUGGGAAUUCUUGCUCGUGCAGGGCUAAGGUGCAUUGGGACUGUUCAACAUCUUAAACAUAAGUUCGGCGAAGGACACAUUGCUUUUUUGCGCUUCACCCAGCCAGUAACGGUGAAAGAGCUGAAAGACGCGAUAUCUCGGCACUUGUACCGAGCCCAAGUGUCAUCAAGACAAGCAACAGCAGCGCGACUGAUGAUCCCCAGGGUCCACGAUGUCCCACUCAGCGAAACUUUCUCCCGAGUUAAAAGGCUUGCCGAGGAAUUGAAAGCUACCGACUACACGCUCACCCAAAGUUCAUUAGACCAGGUGCUGGUGAAUUUCUCUGAAGAAGCCGAAGACGAUUCAUCAGACCCGCGGUACAGAUCUCUUGUCAAUACGUAUCCGAGUAUGGACACCAUCCACAUGGAUACAUUCCAAUAGAUAAUUUAAUAUAGUUAUUUAAGAAAUAAUUAAAAAUCAAGCGGAGCAAAAUUAAAAUUUUAUUAUUAUUUUUAAGUUUUUUUUACAAGGAAGUUAUUAUAAAGUGAACCUAUUUUUUAUUAUGAACGGUUAUAUUAAAAAUUUUGUGUAUAAAUUCUCGUAAUUUUUUAAAGUCGGUAUGAGAAAAUGUUGUUUACACGAAGUUUAUAAUUAAAAAAAAAAAAAUUAUAUUAUAUUUAUGUAUAAGGUCUUACUAUUAGUGAUUAAAGUUUACCUGUAAGGUUUUGUGCGAAAAAUUCGCGUGGAUGUAAAAAAAAUGUGUGUAAAAAUAUAAAAUUGAUAAAUAUAUAAGUAUAAAAUGAUGUAUUGAAAAAUGUUUUAUAUAUUGAAUUGUAAGUAUUAGAUUGUGGUGGUGAGAAGAUUAGAGUUGAGCAAUAAAUACUUAGAAAUACUUGUCUAUCGAGACGUUGUAUGACGUAAUGUGUGAGUCAAAAAAUAGAUUUCAUAUAUAAGUGGAACAAGAAAGUUUGUGAAAUAUAUACAUAUAUAAUAUCGCGACGUAAUACGUUGAGAUUUUCAUGGACGUCUACGCUUCACGUCAUAUAUUAUAUAGGUAUGUAAGUAUACACAGAUAUAUUUGUAUUUGUAUGUAAGUUAAAAAUAAAUUUUGAGCGCACAGUUUGACGAAGUGGGCUUAUAUUUUUACUAUUUAAAUGUAUGAAUUUACUCAUCGUGAGUCAAAGCCUGUACGACCGGAAGGAAU